CUUCCAAACAAAAUAGAAAACACAAAAUUAAAGAGAGCCGCGAUAAAAAACACAGUCUCUCUCAACCUUCGAAUCUGCGGGAAGCCGGCUGGAACUCAUUUCUCCGGUAGCGUGAAGCUUUUAAUUUCAAGGAAGAUUAAUAUUUUGGUUGGAUGGCGAUGGUGGAGGAGCCUCUGUAUCCAAUAGCGGUGCUCAUAGAUGAGCUCAAGAAUGAUGACAUUCAACUCCGGCUGAACUCUAUACGAAGACUAUCCACCAUUGCACGUGCACUGGGGGAGGAAAGGACUCGAAAAGAGUUGAUACCAUUUCUGAGUGAGAACAAUGACGAUGAUGAUGAGGUGCUCCUUGCUAUGGCUGAAGAAUUGGGUGUUUUCGUUCCAUAUGUUGGAGGGGUGGAGCAUGCACAGGUUUUGCUCCUCCCACUGGAAACCCUUUGUACUGUGGAAGAGACCUGUGUGAGGGAUAAAGCUGUAGAAUCAUUGUGCAGAAUCGGAACACAGAUGAAAGGAAGUGAUUUGGUUGAUUCUUUUGUUCCACUUGUGAAGAGGCUGGCAGCUGGUGAGUGGUUUACAGCUCGUGUUUCGGCUUGUGGACUAUUUCAUAUUGCUUACCCUAGUGCCUCAGAGAUGCUAAAGACAGAAUUAAGAUCAAUUUAUAGCCAGUUGUGUCAAGAUGAUAUGCCUAUGGUCAGAAGGGCUGCUGCGGGAAAUUUGGGAAAAUUUGCUGCCACUGUGGAAGCUUCGUAUCUCAAAAGCGACAUCAUGUCCAUGUUCGAGGAUCUUACGCAGGAUGAUCAGGAUUCUGUUCGCUUGCUAGCUGUUGAGGGCUGUGCUGCUCUCGGGAAGUUGUUGGACCCUCAAGAUUGUGUUGGACACAUUCUCCCCGUCAUUGUCAACUUCUCCCAGGAUAAGUCAUGGCGUGUCCGCUACAUGGUUGCCAAUCAAUUGUAUGAGCUAUGUGAGGCUGUGGGACCUGAACCUACUAGGACGGAUUUGGUUCCUGCAUAUGUCCGAAUACUUCGAGAUAAUGAAGCAGAAGUCCGAAUUGCAGCUGCGGGAAAAGUGACUAAGUUUUGUCGAAUUGUUAACCCCGAUCUGGCUAUCCAACAUAUUCUUCCCUGUGUAAAGGAGUUGUCAUCUGAUUCUUCACAGCAUGUAAGGUCUGCUUUGGCAUCCGUCAUUAUGGGGAUGGCUCCUGUUUUAGGGAAGGAUGCAACAAUUGAUCAACUUCUUCCCAUAUUUCUUUCACUUUUGAAAGAUGAGUUUCCUGAUGUUCGCCUUAAUAUCAUCAGCAAGCUAGAUCAAGUCAAUCAGGUUAUUGGAAUUGAUUUACUCUCGCAAUCUCUAUUACCAGCUAUUGUUGAGCUGGCAGAGGAUAGGCACUGGAGAGUUCGGCUCGCCAUCAUAGAAUAUAUACCUUUAUUGGCUAGUCAACUGGGUGUAGGAUUUUUUGAUGAAAAGCUAGGUGCCCUAUGCAUGCAGUGGCUACAGGACAAGGUGUACUCCAUUAGAGAUGCUGCAGCUAAUAAUCUGAAACGUCUGGCAGAAGAAUUUGGUCCAGAGUGGGCAAUGCAGCAUAUCAUUCCUCAGGUUCUGGAUAUGGUAAACAAUCCCCAUUAUUUGUACCGGAUGACUGUUCUUCGUUCAAUUGCCUUGCUUGCUCCCGUUAUGGGUUCUGAGAUCACAUGUUCUCACUUGCUGCCUGUUAUGGUCACCGCAUCAAAGGACAGAGUACCCAACAUUAAGUUUAACGUUGCAAAGGUGCUGCAGUCAAUGAUCCCCAUCGUUGAUCAUUCUGUGGUGGAGAAAUCGAUACGCCCCAGCUUAGUAGAGCUUGCUGAGGACCCUGAUGUAGAUGUCCGUUUUUUUGCCAAUCAAGCACUUCAGUCAAUUGAUCAUGUGAUGAUGAGCUAAACGAGUGUGUGAUAUGCAAUGCCACUGCAUGAAGGUAUGCAAUUCAAUUUUAGUUGCUGUCUUGGAUAAUAGAAAGGAACAUGUUUUGUGUUUCAUUCCUCUGUAUCUUAAAUUUUUGUUUGCCCCUCUACUCUCACAUAAUCUGUCAUCUUACUAAUUUUUAACAACAUUGUAUCUUCAACUCUAUGUCUACAAUUUAUGCAUACCAAAAUUUAUGCAAUGUUCUUUCUUGACGGUUUUAUCA